AUGGAGACAAAGGCUCAAAUACCCAAGGGAUCUCCUUCAUUAUCAGACUGGCCAAACUACCAAGGGUUUGAUACUUCAUAUGAAGAAAGGUCUCCUGUCGAGCUGAAGGUGACUGGAAAGAUCCCACCGUGGGCAGCCGGUACGCUGUUCCGCACAGGAAUCGGUCGGGGACAGAUUGAAUCGGACAAAGGAGUGUAUCGAGUCUGCCACUGGUUCGAUGGCUUUGCAGUCGUGCAUAGAUUUCAGAUUCUAGCACCCGAUGAAGAGCAUCCUGAAAUCAGAGUCAUAUACAACUCUCGCAGUACUUGUGAUGGCCUGAUUGAAAUGAUCCGAAAGACCGGCGAGCGGAAGACGAUGACCUUUGCAAGGAAAUACGACCCCUGCCAGAGCUACUUCAAAAAGGUCAUGUCUGUCUUCCAGGCCGAUCGACCACGCAAACCAGAUGAAUACUCUAUGGCCAUUACGCUAUCCGUUGACUUUCCGGGCCUAGAAUCUGUGGGAACGAAGAAACCUGUUGGACAUGGCUCCAGUAUCCAGUAUCUUGUCAACAAGACGGAUUCGGCGGUAUUGCAGACGCUGGACCCGGAAACCCUUGAGCCCGUGGGGAUUGCAAAGCAGCAUGCCCUUCACCCGGAGCUUCGAGGCCCCAUGUCUGGAGCUCAUGCGAAAUCCGACCCGGUAACGGGUGACGUUUACAACUUCAACCUUGAGUUCGGAAUGACACCGACGUACCGAGUGUUUACCGUCUCUCGGUCAACUGGCAAGACGUCUAUAUUGGCGACUAUAACGGAUGCUACCCCGGCUUAUAUCCAUUCAAUCUUCCUAACGGAGAACUAUGUGGUUCUUUGUGUGUGGAACUCCUUCUUUGUGGCCAACGGUAUGAAGAUCCUGUGGACGAGAAACGUUCUCGAUGCGAUUGGGGAGUAUGAUGCGUCUCGUCCUGCUAGGUGGUUUGUGGUUGAUCGCCGGACUGCUGAAAAUGGCGGCAGGGGACUAGUAGCUACGUUUGAGAGUGAUCCGUUCUUCUGCUUCCAUAGCGUGAAUGCGUAUGAAGUGCCAUCUCAGACCGGGCCAGGAACGGACAUUAUAGCGGAUUUGGUUGCGUAUGAGAACCUCAACGCCCUGAAGUGUUUCUACCUGGACAAUCUCAAGUCGAAUUCACCUAAUGCAGGAAAGACAAAGGCGGCGAAUGAGUUUUCAUCUGCCCUCGUGAGAUAUCGUCUGCAGAAUAUAUUGCUGGAGGCCACCUCAGAAGAUGUACAAACAGCUAGAAAGGCUGUUCUUGAGCGCAAGUCUGAGCCGAUUCAGUCGCCGGAGCUGCCAACACUUAAUCCACGUUUCAUUACUCGGCCACAUCGGUAUAUAUAUGCAGUGAACUUCACGGGAUCAUCUACUUUCUUCGACGGACUGGUGAAGAUGGAUACAAGAACACACGAGAGCAAGUUCUGGUCUCGUCAGGGGCAAAGUGCAGGAGAACCAAUCUUUGUCCCACGAACUAAGGGUCCACUGGUGGAUGUUUUAGCGGGGGACGACGGUUCCGAGGAGGACGACGGGGUGUUGCUGUCUGUUGUGCUUGAUGGGCUGUCAGGGAGCUCGUAUCUGCUUGUGCUUGAUGCAAAGACUAUGACUGAAGUAGGCAGGGCAGAGCUCAAUGGUGCUAUUGGCUUUGGGUUCCAUGGCAUACAUGUUCGUUCAAACGAGCAGAAAGGAAUCGACUUCUAA